AUGGCAACUGGGGGACUUCAUGUUGAUACGUCCGAUGAGAUAUUUGAUUUCACAUGUUCACCUUGCGCGGAACAGAACAAAAAUAGGGAAGCUGUAAGAUAUUGUGUGGAAUGUCAGGAUUAUUACUGUCAGUCAUGCACGGACAUGCACAAGAUGUUCCCCGCCAUGAGAGGACAUAAACUCCUCAAUAAAGCUGAUUUUAACUCGUCAAGUCAUCAACAAAACUUGCCGCAGGUGCCGACGGAAAGGUGUAACGUUCAUAAGACAAAGGUAAUAGACAUGUAUUGUCGGGAUCAUGAUGAGGUCUGCUGUACAUCGUGUGUAGCUGAAAAUCACAGGCCAUGCAGCUCGGUAACGAGUAUAACCGAUGUCGUCAAGCAGAGAGAAGAAACCGAAAGAGACGUAGAAACACUCAUACAAGAAUUUAGCUCUUUGAAAAAAGUCUGCUUACAAAUAAAAAGUGGCGGAGAUGAAAGUAUGUCAAAGAUAGAUUUAGCAAAGGAAAUGGCAUAUGAGGCUAUCAAACACAAUAGAAAAGAGCUAGAAACUGUGCUUGAUCAACUUGAAAACACUUCAAGAAAACAAGUUGAACAUGAACACAGGAGGCUUUCAAAUCAGCAUGUAGAAGCGAAGCAAAAAGCUAUGGAACUUGAAAACCGGCUCACGAAGCGUAUUUCUUCACUUCAAUCUUCUACCAGUAACAAAGCGCAACAAUUCGUUUCUGAAAAACUUGGACUAAAAGAUCUUGCAGAAAUAUCCGAAAUCGCAAACACGAUUUUAAAAGAUACGAUGACAUGUUUUGAGUUUGCUACUGAUUAUCCUAGCAUACGUCAAAGUUUGUUAGAGAUUGAGUCACUUGGAGAGAUUAAAAGGCAUGGUCAGUGCCUUUUUGGUCCAAUGAAUACACUUUAUGAAGUCAAGGCC